AUGUCUUUGCUGGCGCGUCCGACGCCAAAGCCGAAACAGUCGAUUCGAGUCGUGUAUGCUGAUGGAAGUGAUGAUGGUGGUGUGGACGCAAGAGACGUUGUGCUGGUUAUCGAUGUGAUGUCGAAGACCGAAACGAAGGGAACAUGCGUCUUGAAGGUCCGUGUUCGAGUGGGUCGGAAUGCGGACCGAAACAGUGGAUCGGGUGGCUUGAAGGCGCAUUCGAGCAACGCGCUGGUUGGAAAGUUUUGA